CAGAUGGGGGCGCCCGAACACCAAAGUUGCAGAGUGAUCACAGCCAGGAAAGCCGUAAAGCAAAAGAAAUGCUGUCAGAAAGUGUGACGUCUACGUUUAAUGAAAGCUUUAGCUAGCCAUCGAAUGGUUUUACUUUAAUUUUUGGAUCUGAUAAGCCGCUCAAAUCAGGAAGAAGCAGCCUAAAUACGUUUUGUUGAACGUAAACACACCAAUACGUCAAUAAUUUCGCCAUUCAGAUCUUGUGGUUGUGCAUAGACUCCUGUGCAUGGGCCAACUUGUGCCUCUUGAGGUCAGCUGGUUGCAUCCUUUGGCCUUGCAUGUGUAAAAUCCAUCACAAAUGGCCAGCAACUUCCGGAGCUACAUCUGGGACCCGGUCCUCAUCAUCUGUCAGAUUGUGUUAAUGCAGUGCAUCUACUACAGCUUCUUGGGCCUGUGGCUUGCUGGAGUAGACAGCCUUGUGCACAGUAGUCGGUCACUGGAUCAAAUCUUCAGUUAUGAGGUCCUUGGUUUUGCAACCAUACAGGGCAGGCUCUCAAUGAUGGCUUUCAUCUUGAACUCUCUUACCUGCGCUCUCGGUCUCUGGUUUUUUAUCCGCCGUGGGAAACAGUGCCUGGACUUCACGGUCACCGUACACUUUUUCCACAUGAUCGGCUGCUGGAUUUAUAACGCCCAUCUUCCGUCUGCCCUGUCGUGGUGGCUGGUGAACGUCGCCUGCAUGGCGCUGAUGGCUGUGAUCGGAGAGUACCUGUGCAUGCGGACUGAGCUAAGAGCCAUUCCUGUUAACAGUGGACCAAAAUCCAACCUGUAAAUUCUAUCACACAAUCCCAAACGUCUGGAUUGUUCAACCUCGAAGACUUGUCUGGUGAACAAUGGACUUCCUUCAGCAUUCAUAUUGGGUUAUCAUGCUUUUUUGUCCUGUUACCUUUAGAUUAAUGAAGUGCUGCUCAUGAUUCACUGUCAGUAUUAUGUGUGUAUUAUAAUAAAAUACUUGUUUUAUGCUGUUUAAAGAGAAUGUUGGUGUUAAUUCUUCCCUCCAGAUACUGUCAAUAUAUUUAAUGUUCACAUCAGCA